AUGGGGAAUGUUUUCUGUGAGAAAGCACGCAGGGACAAGUUUGAAAUCAUGGCGGCGAGGGAGCUGCUGAUAAGCGAGAGCUGGAUAGUUGAAAAGGCAGACCUGGUCAAGGAUUCACCAGCCAUCGGUGAAGUGAAAUCUCUUUCACUGCGAGGGACACAUACAGAGAAGAUCCGGUCCUUCGGAGAUGCUUUUAAACACUUCACAGGUCUUCGAUUACUGGACUUGUCCAGGAAUUCCAUAGUCAGUCUCGAGGGUAUACAACAUUUAAUCUCGCUGAAGAAAUUAAACCUAUACUACAAUAAUGUUCCUUCACUGAAAGAAGUUUCUUGGCUGCAACUGCUCAGUGAUUUGAAAGAACUGGACUUGCGCCUUAACCCAGUGACCAGUAGUAAGGAAGACUAUAGACUUAGUGUGGUGAGCAUGCUGCCCGAGUUAGAAAAGCUAGACGAGAGGCCUGUGAGAGACAGCGAAAGGAAAUCUGCAAGCAGCCAGGAUUACAAGAAGAUAAUGGCCCUGGGAAAAGUGGACACCAGUGGUCUGACAAAGAAGAAGUACGGGCUUGAUGACUGUACUCAGGAUAUUCACCUGCAGGGCAAGUACAAUUGGAGCUGUGGAUUAAACACAGAUUUGGACUUCAAUGAAAAGCUGCGCCCCCUUGACCACCUGCUGAGCUGUGAGCCUGUGGAUCCAUGGAGAUAUUCUUCAGCUCUCCCUGUAACUGGUGCCAGCACGGAGCAGAAGGAAAAUGCAACCAAUGAGCAGAAGGUGUCAGAAAUAAGGAGAUCGAGAGAGUUUAAGUCUAGUGAUCUGGAAGAAGAAUACAGACCCCUUCCAUCUCCAACGCGCUCCUCCCUGCGCUCCCCUGGAAAGUCUCCCACCAGAUCCAAGGACGGUUUCCGAGUGACUUUCUCAGACAGCCGAGCCCCUGCAGACCCCUCCAGGUCUUCCCAUGCUGCUGAGAUGGAUAAGACUCUCUCUUCACCAGGGCUCCGUGAGAUUGAGAGAACCUAUCUGUGCAAGCAGACCCACAAUGCAAGUCAUGCCUGUCAGACACCCUCUCCUCUUAGGGACGAGACUCCGGCAAACUCUUACAACGAUGCCAGCAGCAUAGCGCCACGAGACAGCGGCACGAGAUGGCACGCUGAAAAGCAUGCCUACAAAUCAUCUUGUGUGGAUCAGCCGCAGCACCGGUUUGAUAAAACAUCAUCCGCCGAGUCGAGUACCGACAGACUACUGAAACUAACUUCAGACUUGUACCUCACUACACACGUUAACAAUGAAAAGGCCACUGCUGCUUCCUCUGCUAGUUCAUCCAAGAAGUCCACGGUUUCCAUGCAGUUCACUCCACACGGCUGCCUGACGACUCCAGACGGACCGCUUGACAGAUCCCACCCGGCUCCCAACAUCUUAUCCAGGCCUCUGGUGUCGAGGGGCUUGAUGGAACAGCUGAACUCGGAACUGCUUUCCAAGAAGAAGCCCUUGAUGCCGGCCCAGGAAAAGAGAAGAUUCCCACAGCCAGCAGAGUUCUCAAACUCGUUUUCUCCCAGAACUGAACUGAGAAGAGCCGGCAGUCUGAACAGCGUGUUGUACAGUGUAUCAGAUUAUAAAAGAAGGGAGAGAGAGGCUACUGACCUCGCAGGGUACCGCAGCCAAUCACCGCCCAGCUCGAGCUCCCAGUCCAUUUCUGAUAUUUCAUCCGUCCUGAAGCAGCUGCUGGAUUUGGUGGAUCGUUACUGGAACGGAUCCAAAUCCCUUCACCUGAACCGCAGGUUCCUCACUCCAGCUCAUGAUUUGCUAGCCGGCUUGACUACUAGCCCAGCAUCAGCAGAUUCUUCUCAAAGAACCAAGGCUCCGACAGGUCUGGCAGUGGACUCUACAGAGCUGCAGCAAGUGACCUGGCAGCUAAUGCAGACGCAGGAAGAGCGAGAAUCCCUGAAGAGAAAAAUGGCACAAAUUUUGGAGGAGAACAGCGCUUUGCGAACACAGGCACCCAAGACCGAUACAAAGACUGCUGCUUCUCAAACUAUCGAUGAUCUUCAGCAAACUAUUGAGCGUCUGAGCCUUCAGGUUGAAAGUCUGAACCAACAACUGAAACAGUUCAGGAAGUUAGAAGAAGCAGUGGCCAUGCUGCAGGAGAGCCACAGGUCACUGAUGUCUACAAAUGAUUGCCUGCUGCAGCAGUUAAAUAAAGCAGGAAGCAGACUCCCGUCUGAACUGGAACAGUCCAGCCUCGCCUCUGAAAACACAAGGGCUGUGAACGGACCUUCUCCCAGCGGCAGACCCAGCGCUUCCUCCUCAAGAUUCAGUCAGUAUAGCAGGCUGAGCACCUGUCCAAUCUGAGACCACCACCACCCAGGAGGCAGAAUGUGAAGUCUGGCUUUGGUAGAGUAGCAGAGUCACGGAACCACAGGGCAGCAUGACUGCCAGACAGUUCACCAUCUUGCUUAACAAAGAAUUUUGAAUUAGGAAUGCAAGUUCUAAGAAGUUAUUUAUUGAAUUGAAGUGAAUGCAUGUGUAUAUGUUGUUAGUGAUGGGCACCAAUAUCGAUAUUUUGAUAUAUCGAUAUUGUUUGA